ACCCACGCCGCGCAAAGGAACAAAAGUUGUUAUCAGUUAUGGAUUAAAGAAUCGAGCGCUCUUCUUGAAAUUCCACCACUGCCUGCGUGCUUUAACUUAUUUCUCCCAUCUGAUCACCCGAUACGCUGUAGAGACUGCAAUCGCUAGUAUGUCUCGUCCAGAGCACACUGGUCCACCAGAAUUAUUUUACAAUGAGUCGGAAGCAACAAAGUAUACGAAUAACACCAGGAUCAUCGAAAUUCAAAUGACGAUGAGCGCACGUGCCAUUGAAUUGCUUAACUUGCCAGAGGAUCAACCCUCGUUUAUACUUGAUGUUGGUUGUGGAUCAGGGCUCAGCGGGGAAGGUAUAACAGAAGCUGGACACUAUUGGGUUGGGAUGGACAUCAGUCCCAGUAUGCUCGAAAUUGCUGUUGAACGAGAAACUGAUGGUGAUGUUGUAUUAGCAGAUAUCGGGGAGGGAGUUCCGUUUAGGGCUGGUGCUUUUGAUGGAGUUAUCAGUAUAUCAGUGUUGCAGUGGCUGUGUAACGCAGACAAAGUUUCGCACAACCCUUUUAAAAGAUUAAAACGGUUCUUCACAAUGUUAUAUUCAUCAAUGAGGAGUGGUGGAAGAGCAGUGUUUCAAGUUUACCCCGAGUCACCCAAACAGAUGGAGCUCAUCACAGAACAAGCCACAAGAUGUGGGUUUACAGGAGGGGUGGUGGUCGAUUUCCCAAACAGUACCAAAGCUAAGAAGAUAUUCCUCUGUCUGUUUGCUGGUACUCCUGUAGCAAACUACAAGUUACCACAGGGACUAGGAGCUGAGGGUUCUAAUACCAUACAGUAUGGCAACGACAGAUUUACGGGAAAAAAACGUAAAAGAAAUGGUGAUGUCACCAGAAAGGAGUGGAUUCAAAAUAAGAAGCAAAAAAUGCGAGCCAAGGGCAAGGAUGUCACAGCAGAUUCUAAGUACACUGCUCGAAAGAGGAAACCCAAGUUUUAACUUGUAUUGAUAGAUUUAAAGAUGUAAUUUAAGUUAAGUUUUUAUUUAAUUUAUUAUGCAAUUUUGAUAGUUCCAUGACGACCUAAUACCCGGGCAAAAAUAAAGAAACUGGUUGAGCUACGAUAACUGGAACGUCAUCAUUGGAUUUGCUUAUAAAUCUGAUGUUUUAUAUUUGGUCUUACAUGUAUCCCAA